GAGGAACUGAGAAAGUGCGUCUUGUCGUACUUGUAGGUUGCGCAUACUAUUGUAAAACUCAUCUAUAUCUGAGGCUUAUACGAGUACAUCAUGAAGUCGGCCGUGUUCUCAUCGAUGAUCUUUUUUGAGCUGACAACAUCAACUAGGGGCGGAUACAUCACGAAGUCAACAACCAUGAUCAUAUUGUUAUUGGGGCUGAUGACAUCAAUAAUGGGUGAUGACAAUAGUAAGUUGUUCAAUUUUACCCAGCGGGUUGACCAUUUCGGAUCUAGCAAUCUGGGUAAUUUAACAUUUACCCAGAACUUGCUUGUUGACGAUACCCGCUGGGGAGGAGCUCAGACAAGAGCACCUAUCUUCGUGCUUUUUGGGGGCGAGGAUGGAGAAUUGUUCGCCCCUGAACGCUACGGGACUCUUGCUAAGAGCGCCGACGAGUUCAAGGCAAUGAUAAUUCACAUUCAGCAUCGGUUCUAUGGCGAUUCUAUUCCAUUGGGGACAAUAGAGUCGGCCAUGGCCGAUCAUCAGGUGAGGAGCUGCCUGGCUACAGACCAAGCCUUGCAGGAUUACGCGGUCAUUAUCCAGAGUCUGAAAGUCAACUACUCUGCCCGUAAUUCACCUGUCAUCGUUAUGGGUAUCGGAUAUGCCGGAGCUUUAGCGACGUGGUUCCGGUUGAGGUACCCGGAGAUUGCAAUUGGGGCCCUCGCCUCAUCAACACCGUUGUUGUACUACGGUAAUAGUACAACAUCUGAUGGGUAUUGCUCCAUCGUGAGCAAUGACUUUAAGGAUGUGAACCCGAAAUGCUAUGAGUCAAUACGCCGUUCAUGGAAAGAAAUCGAUGACAUUGCUAUUAAACCAAACGGGUUGGCCGAACUCACCAACAUUUUCAAUACUUGCAGGCCGUUACAGUCGUCUGAGGAGAUCAAACAUUGGCUGGCACAAAUGUACUCUGCAGCUGUACAGUAUGAUGAGCCUAACAAUCUCGGGGUGAAGACCAUCUGCGAUUACGCAGUCAACAAGCCCAGUUCGAUUGACGGAGUAGCUACUGCCAUCCGUGGAAAACUAAUAAUGGAAAACUGUUUGCAAAAUCACAUAAUCGGAGUCAAGUCUCCAUUCGAGCCUUUUGCAAAUGACACAGUUGCUUGGGAAUGGCAGCGAUGCAAUGAGCUCAUCUUCCCGGUGGGAUGUCUCGAGGAGACCAUGCUUCCCGCCAAACCAUUUAACUUCAUCGAAUUUAAAAAAUCAUGUCAGUCAAGGUUUGGAGUUUUACCAAACCCACACUCACCGAUUAGCUUCUUCGGUAGUAAGAACAUAAUUGAAUCUCUAACCGGCUUUGGAGGUAACAUUAUCUUCUCCAAUGGGCUCAGAGAUCCUUUCAGUAGUGGAUCGAUUCUACAGGAUUUAUCGAAGACCAUUGUGGCAAUCAAAACCACUGAAGGUACAACUUGUAUGGAUAUGACAUCCUCAAAUCUCGAUUUUAAUGACCCGGAAUGGUUGAUAGCGCAGAGGAAACAAGAAUUGGACAUUUUCAAGGACUGGAUCGACCAUUUCCACCAUAUCAGUGGAUCUUACCCUACAAGUUUUAGUCUAUUUAUUACUUAUUGUUUACAAAUUCUUGUUUUCUCAUUUAUGACCCUUUAGUCUAGGGUUUUUUUUUGAAACAAAACCACUAAUAGUUUAAUUAUUGUAUUAAUUAAUUACCUGAGAAGUUUUUAACCAUAUGUUGUUUGUUGAUUGGUUAA